AUGGAACAUCACGCGCUAUCUACAGCAGCGUUGGAACCCGUGCCCGUCCAGCGUGUUGCUCUGAUCGAGCCCGUACACUAUGCACGCGCGGCACCUCUACUCGAGCCGUUUGCAACAAAUCCGGAAAAGCCGUCGUCCAUUAUAGAGCUGAGCAUACAGAUAGACAGCCAUGAUGGGUUUAUGGAGAACUUACUCAGGUCAGAGGAACCUUGGAGAGUGAACGCAAGCAAGCCCUGGAGGAGUGAUGCUCUGGAAACCUUUGUUGAGCAGCUGCAGCUUGGAACCAAGCUGCAGGAGGCCCUGUUGAAGGGGGUUCGAAGAGAAGCCAUUGAGGGCGAUGUCGACUUGUACACAGAGCAAUGCGGACAAUCAGCAGAGGAUCGGGCUGAGCAGUGGAAGGAUGUCCGCCAGGAUGAAGCCAUUGCCCUAUUGUUGAUGGCCACCAGCCCGCAUAUAGAGACGCUUCGACUUGGUACCGAAUUACCGGCAAACUCUCUACUCGAGCAAUACAUUACGUAUGGAAACUAUGGUCGAAUUCCAAAGGUGCUGCCGAAGCUCAAGCAUGUGGAAUUCUUUACCACCUCCAACAUAUUCAACGACCCACGGUUGUACCACCAGUUUGAGUUUAUGCAACUCAUGCAGCUGGUGCACAGGUUGCCCUUACUGGAGAGUGUUAAAAUAGAGAGGGCUACAGAUGAGCACUUGAGCUUUGGCUGGUUCGUGCCUCGCUGUGGGAAUAGGAAGCGCCUGGAAAUCACCCACUGCGACAUUGGGAGUGAAGUAAUUGAAAUGCUACUCCUCAUCCCACAAGAGCUGGAGGAGCUCGUAUUCUCGUCUGGCGGCCUGACAAGUAUAGACGGCUCGUACUCUACACUUAGCAUCAUAGCCGUUCGACAGGCAUUGAACGCGCAUCACAAGACGCUAACAACGCUUGAUCUGGAUAUGGAGAUGAGAAUGGAUGACAUUCAAGCGGGUGGACGCGACUAUGACCAUGACGAAAAUUAUCACGAUGGCCGCGAGGUCUACGACAAGCCUCUCUCGUGGGACGAAAAUGACCUAGUCUUCCGGGAAUUUUGGUUACAAGACAAACGAGCUAGCAAGGCGAACCAUUCCAUGAUUGCAGAGACGCUGGUAACACACCAAGGCACAGCGACGCUGCGAGGUUGUUCUUUUGCCGACUAUCCAAAGCUACAGCAUUUGCGGAUUGGAAUCAAGUCGCUGCUAGGCGUCGUCAUGUUUGAUUGGGAAGGUGAACCGUAUAAUAGCAAGGAGGUGACGAAGCUACCACCAGGAGGGCCCAGGCUGGUCGACCGUCUACCGCCAUCCUUGGUAACGCUGGCUAUCUACGGCUAUGAGCGAGGGCACUGCCAAGAUGUGGAUGAGCAAAUCGACGAGCUCCUGCGCGAGCGGCAGACCAGGCUGCCGUUGCUGGAGAAGGUGGAAGGAAUCGAAACAAAGAUUAAGAGUUUGGGGGACUUGUUUGGGCACAUAGACUACGGCGACGAGGACGAUGAAUUGUGGACAGAGGAGGAGCGGGACUGGACAUGGAUAUAA